UCAGAGUUGCAUCAAGUUUGCUGGUGCUUAUGGGCAUAAGAUGGCCAAGGAUUCUAACACCAAAGCAGCUCUCACAAAUAAUACUGAGCCAGAAGAACCCACUAAAAGCGCUUCAAUUAUUUGACGAAGUAAAAUGCAAGUAUCCAACUUACCGUCACAAUGGUCCUGUUUGUGGCACUAUGAUUAAUAUUUUAGGCAGAUCAGGUAGAACAACUGAGAUGAAGAGAAUAAUUAAUCAGAUGAAAGAGGACUCGUGUGAGUGUCAUGACUCAAUAUUUGUGAAUGCCAUUAGAAGCUAUGCACAAGCUGGAUUAACAAACGAAGCCAUUUUUCUUUUUAAGUCUCUUCCGGAGUUCAAUUGUAUAGAAUGGACAAGAUCUUUGAAUACUCUUUUGGAGAUAUUGGUAGAAGAAUCUAAGCUAGAAUCUGUUUAUCAGUUAUUCCUUGAGAACUCUUGUGGAUGGGAAGUGAAGUCUCGGGCGCAUUUCUUGAAUUUGUUGAUGAAUGCUCUUUGUAGAAUGAAACGCUCUGAUCUUGCAUCGCAUAUUUUCCAAGAGAUGAGUUACCAGAACUGUUAUCCAAACAAAGAGAGUUAUAGGAUCUUGAUGAGGGGUUUAUGUGAAGAAAAGCGGCUCAAUGAGGCUACUCAUCUAUUGUACUCAAUGUUCUGGAGGAUAUCUCAGAAGGGAAGUGGUGAAGAUGUGGUUGUCUAUCGAGCUUUAUUGGAAGCGUUGUGUGAUAAUGAAGAAGGGGAGGAGGCUAUACAAAUUCUUGGUAAGGUAUUGCGAAAAGGACUAAAAGCUCCGAAAAGAUGCUACAAGCAGAUUGAUCUUACUCAAUGCCGGAAUGGAUCAGAUACAAAAAAUAUGAAAGUUUUGAUUAAUGAAGCUUUGAUAAAAGGCAUAGUUCCCAGUUCAGAUAGCUACAGAGCAAUGGCUGUUGACUUUUACGCCGAAGGCAAGAUUGAUGAAGGUAACAAAGUGCUCAAGGAAAUGCAUGACAGAGGCUUCAAACCAUCAGUGGUGAUUUAUGAAGCAAAGGUAGCUGCUCUUUUCAGGGAUGGCCAGGUUGAUGAGGCAAUUAUGGUCAUUGAUUGUGAGAUGGUGCAAAAAAACUGUGUUCCGAAUAUUAGAUUGUAUAAUGUAGUUAUAAAAGGCCUAUGCCAUGAAAGAAAAUCUACUUGUGCUAUAAAGUAUUUGGAAAGGAUGUCUAGGCAAGUAGGUUGCGUGCCAAACUAUGAAACUUAUGAAACUUUGGUAGAUGGGUUAUGUGAAGAUGGUAAAUAUGUUGAAGCAAGCAAGGUGAUGGAGCAAAUGUCAAUUAAUUCCUUUUGGCCUAGAGUUGGAACUUUGAAUUCUCUUAUCCGAGGUCUUUGCCAAGUAGGUGAUUUACACAGUGCUAUUAUGUGUUUGGAGGACAUGAUCUCUCUAGCCUUGACUCCAGAUAUCCAUGUGUGGCAGUCAUUAUUAGGUGCAAUCUGUUGUGAAAACGGUAUGAAUGAGGCUUCUUUGAAGACACUAGAGCAGCUACAGACACCUUAGCAUAGUCUAUAACUACAACUGUAUUGCUGGAUUCCCCCCUAUUUCUUUUCUGGUAAUAAACCUUUUUUGCUUAA